AUGGAUAUCAUUGAAUAUGAUAAUGAAUCUGUGGAUGAGUACAUGGAUCAAUACUUGGAAGGUGAAGGUGAAGGUGAAGGCGGGCAUCACGUAAGAUUUGUAGAACCUGAAAAAGAAACGCCUCUAUAUUAUGUGGAGGAAGCUAAACAAGCCCUAAUCGAUUUGAAAAGCGUAGUAAAAGAACCCG